GGCGGCACCGAGACGCGAGCGGGGCUGGCCCGAGGUCGCGGGAUGAGGAACCCACCGGUGACACUGACCCUGCUGCUGCUGCUGCUGCUGGAGCCGGCGGCACGGGCCGCCCCCAGGGCAGGGGCGCACAGGCCUGAACCCCCCCCGACCACAAUCCCGGAAGCGUAUCCCGAUCCGCUGAGCCCAGAGUCGCUGCCGCUGCCGCUGCUGCGGGGCGCGGUGCGGAGCCUGGGGCUGCCGGAGCAGGAUGUGGAGGCCAUGCCAUGGGAGCAGGCCCUGCUUUACCUCAUCGUGCUCCAUGACCAUGACCGGAGUGGGCACCUGGACGGGCUGGAGCUGCUGCAGCUGCUGGGCACUGUGCUGGCACAGGCCGGGGGACGGCCAGACCCUGACAUGAUGGCUGCUCUGGUGGACCGAGCCCUGGUAAGGCAGGACCGCAAUGGGGAUGGGCUGCUGGACCCUCACGAGCUGCUGUCACCUGACUGGGGUCAGGGACCCCCAGGGCAGCCCCCCCUGGAGCCACAAACAGGGGCUGGGGCUGUGCCUGAGGAGGGCACAGAGAUGCUCAGGGGGCACCUGGGGGUGAGUGGCCCAGGGCAGGCUGUCCCUGAGACUGGAGCCACCCAGGCUGGAGCCCCUGAGGAUGGAGGCACGGAGGGGGACGAAGCCCCCAAGGUGGAAUCCCCCAGCGCUGAGGCUGUGGAGGCAGAAGAAGCCCCCAAGGCUGAAGCCCACAAUAGUGACACCUCUGAGGAAGAGGAAACCCCUGAAGCUGAAGCCCUAGAGGGGGACGAAGCCCCCAAGGUGGAAUCCCCCAAUGCUGAGGCUGUGGAGGCAGAAGAAGCCCCCGAGGCUGAAGCCCACAAUAGUGACGCCUCUGAGGAAGAGGAAACCUCUGAAGCUGAAGCCCUGGAGGGGGAGGAAGCCCCAGCAUGGAGGGAUUCUGAGGAGGGGUAGAUGGUGGGGGCUGUGGGAAGGGCUGAGUGGGGCAAUGCUCUAGCUGCUUCCUGACCUGCUCAGGGCACAGAGUGAAGGGGAGUCCCUGUGCCCCCUACCCUGCAUCCAGGCUGGGGGGCUGGGACACUGUGGUCAUGUGGUCUCCCCUGUAACGCAUUGGACAGAGAAAUAGAGGCUGCCGGUGGCC